CUCUCUCUCUCUUCAACAGACCAAACCCUUAUAUUGAUUUUUCAAAAUUGAAUGCAAUUUCAUUUUAAUUAACACUACACUCAUCACUCAAUCCUCUCUCCAUGGGGCAGCCCUCCUCGCCGCCUCCACCACCGCCGCUCCCCGCCGAUGGUUGCCAGGUGCGAUGCGCCGGUUGCAGGAUGGUUCUUACGGUUGUUACUGGCCUGACCGAGUUCGUCUGCCCUACGUGCCAGCUGCCGCAGAUGCUGCCGCCUCAAUUGAUGCAGCAGCCUACUGCCCCAUCCCCCGGCAUUGAUCCAACUAAGAUCCAGCUGCCAUGCGCCAACUGCAAGGCCAUACUCAAUGUUCCACAUGGCUUACCGCGCUUCAAUUGCCCUCAGUGUCAAAUUAGUCUCGCCGUCGAUCUCUCUAAGAUCUCGCAAGUGUUGCCUCAUCCACUCCGCCCUACUCUACCCCUGCCACCACCCGAGGAAGUCAAUGAGGUGGCCAUUGAAGUGGAGCAGGAAGAAGAUGAAGGAGGAUUGGCUGGUGAAACAUUUACUGAUUAUCGACCUCCAAAACUUUCUAUUGGUCCUCUUCAUCCAGAUCCUGUUGUGGAGACAUCAUCUUUAUCAGCUGUACAACCUCCUGAACCUACUUAUGAUCUCAGGAUUAAGGAUGAGCUAGAACGUUCAAAAACAUUGUCAUGCUUACAGAUUGAAACACUGGUCUAUGCUUGUCAGAGACAUCUCCAGCAUCUUCCCAGCGGUGAAAGAGCUGGCUUUUUUUUUGGCGAUGGUGCUGGUGUGGGUAAAGGAAGGACAAUUGCUGGGUUAAUAUGGGAGAACUGGAACCAUGGGAGAAGAAAAACAUUAUGGGUCUCUGUAGGUUCAGACUUGAAAUUUGAUGCUAGAAGAGAUUUGGAUGAUGUUGGUGCGACAUGUAUAGAAGUUCAUGCUCUGAACAAGCUUUCUUACUCUAAACUCGAUUCCAAAGCUGUUGGCAUCACGGAGGGAGUUGUUUUCUCAACUUAUAGCAGCCUCAUUGCAUCAUCUGAGAGAGGACGUUCGCGUUUGCAACAGCUUGUACAAUGGUUUGGUAAAAUGGAUGCACUUAUUGUAUUUGAUGAGUGUCAUAAAGCAAAAAAUCUGGUCCCUGAAGCUGGGGGGCAGCCAACAAAGACAGGUGAAGCCGUUCUUGAUAUCCAGGCCAGACUCCCUGAAGCUCGCGUCAUCUAUUGCUCAGCAACUGGUGCUUCUGAACCACGCAAUCUGGGUUAUAUGGUUCGCCUCGGUCUUUGGGGACCAAGAACAUCUUUUCUCGACUUUCGUGAUUUCCUAGGUGCAAUGGUUAAAGGGGGUGUUGGAGCUCUGGAACUUGUUGCCAUGGAUAUGAAAGCAAGGGGGAUGUAUGUUUGUCGCACCCUGAGCUACAAAGGUGUGGAAUUUGAAGUUGUUGAAGUGCCACUGGAGGCCAAAAUGAUGGAAAUGUAUGAAAACGCGGCAAAGUUCUGGGCUCAUUUAAGAGUGGAGUUGAUAUCAGCCAUCACCAUUCUUGACAAUGAGAAGCCUAGUUCUAGUCAAGUAUGGAGAUUGUACUGGGCAAGUCAUCAGCGCUUCUUUAGGCAUGUUUGUAUGUCUGCGAAAGUGCCUGCAGUAGUUAAACUUUCUCAACAAGCAUUGCUGGAGAAUAAGUGUGUGGUUAUAGGCCUACAGAGUACUGGGGAAGCAAGGACUGAGGAAGCCAUUACUAAAUAUGGUUUGGAGCUUGACGAUUUUGUAUCUGGGCCUCGUGAGUUAUUGUUGAAAUUUGUUGAGGAACAUUAUCCCCUUCCAGAUAAACCUGAUGAACCACUUGCUGAAGAAAGUGUAAAAGAGCUUCAAAGAAAGAGGCAUUCAGCUACACCUGGUGUUUCAUUUGCAGGGAGGGUAAGGAAAGUUGCUAAACAGGAGGUUGAAAGUGAAGAAGAAAGCGAGUGGGAAUCUGAAACUGACACAGAACCAGAAACUGAAUCUGAUGAUGAGUUCGAGAUCUGCAACGUUUGCAAUUUUGAAGGGGAAAGGAAGAAAUUGCUUCAAUGUUCAUGUUGCAGCCAGCUUGUUCACCCUGCUUGUCUGGUUCCACCUAUUGUUGAAGUAAUAUCUGGGGAUUGGUCUUGUUACUCUUGCAAGGAGAAAACAGAGGAGUUUCUCAGAGCUAGACAAGCCUACUAUGAAGAACUACUGAAAAGAUAUGAAAGAGCCCUUAAGCGUAAAUUGGAAUUUCUAGAAAUAAUACGCUCGUUGGAUCUUCCUAACAAUCCGUUGGAUGAUAUUGUUGAUCAGCUUGGAGGUCCUGAUAAAGUAGCAGAAAUUACAGGGCGACGUGGCAUGCUAGUCAGGGCUUCUGACGGAAAAGGUGUUACUUAUCAGGCACGGAACACGAAAGAUGUGACCAUGGAAAUGGUCAAUAUGCAUGAAAAACAGCUCUUCAUGAGUGGUAAAAAACUUGUAGCUAUCAUAUCUGAGGCUGGAUCUGCUGGUGUUUCUUUGCAGGCAGAUAGAAGAGCAGUCAAUCAGAGAAGAAGAGUUCAUCUGACCCUUGAAUUACCUUGGAGUGCUGAUAGAGCAAUUCAACAAUUUGGAAGGACUCACAGAUCAAACCAAACUUCUGCACCGGAAUACAGGCUGCUUUUCACAAAUCUUGGUGGCGAACGACGUUUUGCUUCCAUUGUUGCAAAGAGACUUGAGUCUCUUGGAGCAUUGACACAGGGAGACCGAAGAGCUGGACCAUCUCUCAGUGCUUACAAUUAUGAUAGUGCAUUUGCAAAGAAGGCCUUAAUGAAUUUGUACAAGGGACUCAUGGAACUGGAACCUUUGGCCAUUGUUCCACCAGGAUGUUCAUCUGAAAUUCCUGAAACAAUAGAAGAAUUCGUUACGGAAGGAAGAGCUGCUCUUCAUUCUGUUGGGAUUAUUAGAGAUCUAGUUCCUGGUAAUGAGAAGGAAGGUGGAAAGGUUUCUGGCCGUAUAGUUGAUUCAGACAUGAAUGAUGUUGGGCGUUUCCUGAACCGACUUUUGGGGCUCCCUCCAGGGAUUCAAAAUAGGCUGUUCGAGUUAUUUGUUGGCAUCUUUGAUCUUCUUAUUCAGAGGGCACGUAUUGAAGGGCAUCUGGAUUCUGGUAUUGUAGAUGUGAAGGCUAACACGAUAGAGUUGCUGGGAGCACCAAAGACUGUUCAUGUUGACAAUAUGUCCGGAGCAUCCACUGUGUUGUUUACUUUCACACUGGAUCGAGGAAUGACAUGGGAGGCUGCUUCCUCCUUGUUUGAGGAAAAGCAAAAGGAUGAUGCCGGAUCAAGUAACAGUGGAUUUUAUGAAUCAAGGAGAGAAUGGAUGGGAAAACGCCAUUAUCUUUUAGCAGUGGAAAAUUCUGAUUCUGGAGUGUACAAAAUUUUCCGGCCAAACCUUGGGGAGUCUAUAAGGGAAAUGACUCUAACAGAACUAAAAGAAAAAUAUAGAAAACUUUCAGCUCUUGAGAAAGCUCGUAAAGGCUGGGAAGGUGAAUAUGGAGUUUCAUCCAAGCAGUGCAUGCACGGUCCCAACUGUAAAUUGGGUAGCUUCUGCAGUACAGGCAGAAGGUUACAGGAAGUGAAUAUUUUGGGUGGCCUCAUUCUUCCUGUUUGGGGCACUGUUGAGAAGGCACUCUCCAAGCAGGUUCGUCAAAGUCAUAAAAGAAUCCGGGUUGUGCGUAUAGAGACAACUUCUGACAGUCAGCGAAUUGUUGGAUUCCUCAUCCCAAAUGCAGCUGUUCCAACAGUUUUGCAAGAUCUGGCCUGGGUUCACGAAAUUGAUGACGAGUGAGAUUUGCAAGGGCUCAACCCUGUUUUGCUACUUUUAUGGAGGAGCGGUUUUGGUUUGUGCUACCAAGAUGGGCAGAUUUAGGAUAUGAUGACCCCGAACGAUGUUUUGGCAAAGCCAUAUUCGAUUGGCAGUGAAAGUUACGCCCACAUUUUUGAGCUAUUUUGGUGCAGUCUCACAUUGUUCAUAUCCCAAUUUUUGAGGCCCCAUUGGAUCUGUUUUUGUUGUAUAUUAUUAUGAAUAGCAUUCAUGUAAUAUAGGCAAACACAAGAAGAUUGCAAGUGUGUCAGAAACUCAUCUUAAAUACAAAUCCCAUUGCUCCU